AUGUCCGAAUACGACUUCAUUAUCAUCGGCGCCGGCGUUGGCGGCCUUGUUCUGGCCUCACGCCUAAGCGAGAAUGCAGACUGCUCCGUUCUCCUGCUCGAAGCAGGCCCAAAUCGUAUGGGAGAUUCUCGCAUUGAGACUCCAGGCCUGCUUGGAACCUUGUACGGUGACCCGGAAAUUGACUGGAACUAUAUGAGUGAACCGCAGAUCCAUGUGAAUAACAGACAAAUCGGUCAACCCCGUGGCCGCGUCGUCGGGGGCUCCUCCGCAAUCAAUUUCGGCAUCGUCAUGUAUCCAUCGCGGUCCGACUUCACAGCUUGGGCUCAACUGGGAAACGAAAGCUGGGGACCGGAGGAAAUGGCGCCGUAUCUGCGCAAGUUCCACACCUACACACGACCAAGCGAUUCAACUUCCUCGCUCCUGGGAAUCGACGAAUACAUGAAGACUGAGGCGCAAGGUGUCGAUGGCCCAGUGCCAGUGACCCUGCCUGAUGUGUAUGGCGAGUUCAACCAGGCCUGGAACGAGAGCUUUCACAAACUGGGAUGGAGGGCCAGUGGAGAUCCAAUUACUGGAGAGAACAUCGGGGCUUUUACCAGUCCGCUGACGGUGGAUGGUAAUGGGCAACGGGGAUACGCGACAGCGUAUUAUACGCCCGAGGUUGCGCAACGACCGAACCUGAAUCUGCGAGCCGAGAUAAUAGUGGAAAAAAUUCUCUUUGAUCGGUCUAGAGAGACACCUAGAGCCACUGGUGUCCAGAUCCGCACCCAGGACGGCAACCAGUGUAUCACUGCUCGUCGUGAAGUCAUCUUGUCGGCUGGUAGUCUGAAUUCGCCCCAGAUCCUGGAACUGUCGGGCGUUGGACAGGCAGACCUGCUUCAGAAGCAGAAUAUUCCGGUCGUUGUUGACCGUCCUGGUGUGGGAGAGAACCUGCAAGAUCAUUCACUGGUCGCGCUCAGCUUCCAGGUGGCCGAUGGACAGAUUUCCGGCGAUGUGUUGCGCGAUCCAAACGUCGCACAAGCGCUGCUCAAACUAUACGAAGACACGCACAGCGGGCCAAUGUCCGGCAUGCCGGUGAGCAUGGCCUACCUGCCGUCCGUGGACAGCAACGGCGCAUUAUCUGCGGAAGCUGUACAAGAACUGGUGCAGAACUAUUUGGGCCACAGCGCUCCCCCAGCGCUGCAACAGCAAUACGACCUUCUGCAAAAGAAGCUACUCGACGAGAAAACCCCAGACGUCCAGUUUAUGUUCCUUCCUAUCCAAGUACAUAUGAAACCUGGCGCAACGACUAUGACACAGGCCUUGGCAAAGGAUCUGCCGGAGAAUUACAUCAGUAUCCUCGCCCUCAACAACAACCCCUUCUCGCGGGGUUCCGUGCAUAUUCGGUCAUCCCAAAUCGAGGACAAACCGAUCUACGAUCCGAAAUUGCUCUCGCAUCCUCUCGAUCUGGAGCUGGUGGCGCGCCAAUUGCAGUACAUCGAUCGCAUCGUGCAGACGGAGCCGUUGGCCUCUUUACUAAAAGCUGAUGCUCGGAUCCCAGCACACGCAAUUGAUUUGAGCGAUCUCGACGUCGCAAAGGAAGUGGUCAAGGAGCGAUUGUACACCUGUUUCCAUCCAUCGGGAUCAUGUGCUAUGAUGCCCGCCGACAAGGGAGGUGUUGUCGAUAGCCGCUUGAGGGUCCACGGGACCAGUAACCUGCGUGUGGUUGACGCUAGUGUUUUCCCCCUGGAGCCGGCUGGGAAUAUUCAAGCGACAACAUAUGCAGUGGCUGAAAGAGCGGCCGAUUUGAUUAAGGAGGAUCAUGCGGAGGCUCCUGUAGAGCGUUCUAUAAUCUCUGCAUUCCUUCCGUCGUGCAUCGUUAGUUAA